AUGAGCAGUUUUGCGAAGUGGUUGGACAGCAAAUAUGUAGAGUACUUGCGCGACAGUCGACAGAACCAGUGUUACGAGCCGACACCACAGGCUACCAUUAAGGAAUGUGUUCCUUGGAGCCGUAACCAAAGCUGUGAAUUUAUACUGCAACCAAAGGAUUUGACCCGCGCCGUGUCUGACAAUUGCUAUCAAACCCCAACGUCUGAGGUGAGAUCCAACGCUACAGUGGUAUCAUCUAAUGUUCCCGGUAGCUUCAAAUGUUCUGGGAGAUCACAAAGUCUCAGUAGCAUCUGGCGAGAAAGAAGUGUGCUGAAACCCAUAGAUACAAUUCCCCACACAGUACAAGAAGGUCUAAAAACAUGGGAACCCAAAAAACCAUCCGAAAGCUGCGUAUGUAAACAUGAUCAAAUUCAGCAAAUGCCAUCAAAUUUACAAGCAGCUGCUGUUGCCUGCCAAUGUCCAGAAGAGUUAGUAAUCCCAGUAAAUGUAGAAAUACAAUGCGAGUCUGCAACACAAGAACGACAUGGAUCGUGCCAUUGCAAUGUCGAUACAGGAAACGCAACGAUUUCGAGGCAAAGCAGCAAAAUAUCAAAUUGCAAUCUUUCAGUAGAGAAGGAACUCAAAACACAAAAGAAAGAGAAAAAGCAACAAAUAUCAUGUCAAUGUCCAGAGGAAAAUAUAGUAAAGGUUGAUACUCAGUCGCAAUGUCUGUGUAAUUCUAAUGAAUGUGUCAACGAAGUGACUCCCAAACUGGAACCUCAAGAAGUAAAUCCUGUUCCUAAGCCUAUAAGGUGGCAGUCUCAAUCGACUGUUACUGUAAAUGCUGAGGAGUGUAAUUGCACAGUAAAAGAAAUACCGAUAGUAAGUAAAGUCACCCAGUGCCUCGCCUGUGUCACGAAUGACGCCGUACAAACAUCGGACCAUGCCAUAUGCUUCGAAAAAGGUGUCGUCCAGUAUCCGCUCUUUAUGAAAAUUAUCUGUGCUGAUAAAUUAAACACCGAUGGCAGUUAA